AACCACGGCGCCAUCCAGCCUACCACAGUGGUCGAGCACCACCACAAGCACACUACCAUCUACCAGGUGAACGACGCCCUGCCGCACGUCCCCCCGCAGGUCUACCAGGGCCAGGCACAGACCGUCCACUCCGUCGUCACCUCCCAGCGUGGCAAUGCGCAGAGGGUUCACCACGCUGGCUCUUCGGCGCACCAAGCUGUCGAGAGCGAAGAGUUCGUGUUCCAGGACGAUCUGGCAGGCAGCUCCUCCGACCUUCACCUUAGCGGCUCUCAGACGCAGUCGCAGGGAGUGCGCUUCGAGUCCUCCUCCGGCGCCAAACAGGCCAGCGCACAGGGAUUCUCUCAAGCUGGUUCGCAGGGUGUUCAGCAAGGCUCUCGUGUGCGCUUUGGAACCUCCUCUAGCAGCUCACAGACUGUCCAGCAUGGCGUCUCCAGCAGCGCUCAGCAUGGCGCCGGUGUUCGAUUUGGAAGCUCUGUCGGCGCUCAGCAAGUCAACGCUCAAGGAUUCUCGCAAGGAAGUUCCCUUGGUGUUCAGCACGUGACCUCCCCAGUAGUCCAACAAAGUUCUGGGGCUCAUUUUGGAGGCUCUGUCGGCGCUCAGCAAGUCAACGCUCAAGGAUUCUCGCAAGGAAGUUCCCUUGGUGUUCAGCACGUGACCUCCCCAGUGGUUCAACAAAGUUCUGGGGCUCACUUUGGAGCUUCGUCAGGAGUACGUCAAGGCGUCUUAGUAGGAAGCUCACAGGGCGUUCCCCUUGGCUCUCCUCCUGGCAUCCGCGUCAGCAGUUCAAUCAGCACUCAGCAGCUCGGUUCUCAAGGCAUCUCGCAAGCAGGUAACCAAGCAUUCCAGCAAAUCAGCUCUCAGGGACACCUCCAGGGUCAGCGCCAGGUGCAUCUGCAGGGACACCAUCAGAGCUUCCAGGACAACAUGGCGCAGCAGCACCAGGUCCUGACGAGCGUCCAGGAAUCCGUCAGCGCCAACGCCAUCGACCCAAACUUCCGCCCUGGAAGGCUGGAACACGGAGGAUUCCAGCCGCUGUCUCUCUUGCCACUCUACCGGGAACAAGAGCCACUGUACCGGGAGGACUGCCAGUGCGUGCCGGUCCAGUUCUGCCCGGCAACGGACGUCAUUGCCCGCAGCGCCCCUGAGGACUUCAGCCAGUUCCUUGACGCCAGAACCAAGAAGACUGAAAUCCUGUCCAACAGCACCGACGGAGAAGAGCAGCCUGAAGACGACUCACAGGCGGUUCUCAGAAGCGCCAGCUCAUCCCGGCGCGGGAAGGUGCUCGCCCUCCCACCUCUCGAGCCAGCCAACUCCGCAGAGACGACGGAACCAACGACCGAAGUAGCAACAGAAGGAUUCCUCGAGGAGACAACGGAACUGGCAGAGGAAGUCACAGAAGAAGUCACUGAGGAGGUGACAGAAAUGCCCGAGGACGAAGUAACAGAAGCCGUUACCGAGUCCCGCGUUCGAAGGGAAUCCGACGUCGCCGAGGGAGCAGAAGCAGAAGCAGAAGAACCGACGCAAGCAGUGCCCUCCGGUCGUCGCGAGGGGCGUCAGCUCACAGGCUUCACCCCGAGCGUCACCGGCUGUGGGCCCAACCACGUUUGCUGCCGCCGUCCCGUCUUCAAGCCCCGCCAGCAAUUUACAUGCGGCCGCCGCAACGCAGCCGGCAUGCUGGGCCGCGUCAAGAACCUCGGUUUCGUGAAGGGCAGCUCCGAGUUCGGCGAAUACCCGUGGCAAGCAGCUAUCCUCAAGCGCAAGGAAGGACAGGUCGUGUACCAGUGUGGCGGCGCCCUCAUCGACGACCGCCAUAUCCUCACCGUGGCACACUGCGUGAAAGACAUCCACCCAUCCGAGAUCAAAGUUCGUCUCGGGGAGUGGGACGUCAGUUCAAAGACCGAGUUCUACGCCCACGUCGAAAUGCGGGCGUCUGGAGUCUACGCCCAUCCGGAAUACAAUGCGGGCAACCUCGUCAAUGAUGUCGCUGUUAUCAGGCUCGAGAAAGUCGUCGAUUUUUCAAUCAACCCACACAUCACCCCCGUCUGCCUCCCUGACAAGUUCGCCGACUUCACCCACCAGAGAUGCACCGCCACGGGCUGGGGGAAGGACGCCUUCACGAGCGACAGCAAGUUCAGCCAGCUCCUGAAGGAAGUGGAACUUCCGGUCGUCGAGUACAAGAGGUGCGAGGUCGCCCUCCAGCAGGCGCGCCUCGGCAGCAGCUUCUCGCUCCACCCGGGCAACAUCUGCGCAGGAGGAGAAAAGGACCAAGACACAUGCAAGGGUGACGGCGGCGGCCCCCUCGUGUGUUCAGGCGCUGACGGCAGCAUCCAGCUGGCGGGCCUGGUGUCCUGGGGCAUCGACUGCGGGAAUCCAGGGCGUCCCUGGCGUCUACGUGAAGGUGUCCCAUUACCUGGACUGGAUCCGUGCCAUAACCAAAGUAUGAAGUGCUGGUCCGCGUCUGCUCGAAGUGUCCAUAUCAUCAUAAGUUCUUUUUGAUGUCCACCAAUCUCUCUCGGUGUCCUACUGAUAACUCGCCUGCUGGCUCAGGUGAAAUUUGAUUUCAUAAAUAAUAUUAUUAUAUCUUAUUUUCUAUCUAAUUUAAGCUUCACCUUGGUGGAGAUGUAUGUAAGCGCGUCUAGUGCUACGCUCUGUUCUCUCAGAGAAAACGCUGUUACAUUUGCUAAUAAACUGUUAUUAAUUUAA